UCUUUCGGUGCGAGGAUGCCAGUCCUGGAGGGGCUCUGGGGUCCCGAUCUCCGGAUGCGGGACACCAGUCUCGGGGUCGAUGUGGGGGUCUGUCCGGAUGAGGCUCCCAGCCCGCCAGUCUGGGGGUCUCUAAGGACACCUCCUAUCACCUGUGGGGGCCUCUCGCUGGCCCUGGAGCUGCCGGCUCUCAUACGGCAGCUCAGGGCCGUCUGGAGGGCUCGCAGGGGGGGCCCCCGGGGGCCAGAGAAGAGCCAGACGAGCACUUGGGUGGAAUCAGAGAAAGAGGAGGUAGAGGAGGUGAAACAAGGCGUAGAAGACGGGAGCGCUCAUCUGGAAGCUGAUGGCAGAGUGAACACUGGUCAUGCUGGUGUGUUGCUGGUUGAGAGACGAGGCUCCUACCCGCUGAUUGACCUGAGAAUCCUCAAAACCAGUGCCCAGCAGGGGGGGGUAGAGUCCGGCACCAGGAGGAAGGUGAAGCGUCAGCUGAGCUUUCAGAGGUACUGCCACGCCUCCAGGCUGCUCAGGGGGGCGAUGCCCAACACCCCGGGGUCCCUGCACCUACUGGACAAAAACUACCUGGGACAAGCCGCACACAUGCUGUCUAAAGUCGGCACAUGGAACUUUGAUAUUUUCCUCUUCGAUCGUCUUACAAAUGGCAACAGCCUGGUGACUCUGAUGUGCCAUCUCUUCAAUGUCUACGGUCUCAUUCACCACUUCCAGCUGGACAUGGUCAAACUACACAGGUUUCUCGGCAUGGUGCAAGAGGACUACCACUUCCAGAAUCCCUAUCACAAUGCUGUCCAUGCAGCUGAUGUCACCCAAGCCAUGUACUGCUACCUGAAGGAGCCAAAGCUGGCGGAGCAGCUGAGUCCUCUGGACGUGUUCCUGGCUCUGAUGGCAGCAGCCGCUCACGACGUGGACCAUCCCGGAGUCAACCAGCCGUUCCUCAUCAAGACCCGACACCACCUGGCCUCCCUCUACCAGAACACGUCUGUGCUGGAGAGUCACCACUGGAGAUCCACCGUGGGCAUGCUGCGAGAGUCCGGACUGCUGUCCCACAUGCCUGCUGACAUCUCGCAGGACAUCGAGCAGCAGCUGGGCUCUCUCAUCCUCGCCACAGACAUCAGCCGGCAGAACGAGUUCCUGUCCACCUUCAGAGAACAUCUGGACAACCAGGACCUGGACUUUCAGCUGGCUUCACACAGACACUUUAUCCUGCAGAUCGCUCUGAAGUGUGCUGACGUCUGUAAUCCGUGUCGGGUUUGGGAGCUGAGCAGACAGUGGAGCGAGAGGGUGUGUGAGGAAUUCUACAGGCAGGGAGACCUGGAGAGGAAGUUUGACAUGGAGAUCAGUCCUCUGUGUAACCAGCAGGCUGACUCUGUGCCAGCCGUUCAGAUAGGGUUCAUCUCCUACAUCGUGGAGCCUCUGUUUGACGAGUGGCACCGCUUCACUGAGCCCAGCUCCCUCAGCCACACCAUGACGGGUCACAUGCACAAGAACAAGGCGCGCUGGAGCCGCCUGCGAUACGCAAACACUCCUUCAGACUCACAAGCAGAAGAGCCUGAAGGGGGAGAAGGAGGAGGAGAGGUGGAAGGCAUCUCUUAAUUUUCCUCCUAUCUAUUGAGUUGAUUGAUCUUCCUUCGUAAACGGAGGAGAGGAGUGUGUAUCAACCUCCUUGUUUGUCCUUCAGCAGUCUUUCUCCCACAGCCUGUUGUUCAUAGGCUGCAGGGAGUGGGAGUCUGGCUUCGAUUCAUACGGAAUGGCUCCCUCUGCUGGAGGAGAGGACUGUAGCACUGAGAGGGGAAAAAUAAGGCGCAGAAAGAUUGAACUUUCAGAUGGAUGGAUAAUCUUAGCAAACAUUUGCCAAUUUAAAAAAGACAUGCCUCGUUCUUAUCCCCUGUGAAUUGGAACGUUUAUUUUUGAUGGCAGAACACGGUAUAAAUGAAUUUGCACAAUGCUGCUUGAACAACGAAGACAUUUAAAAAGCCAAACUUUUGUACGAGUCAGCUGGACUGUGCUGGAAAAGGUGAAGAAAUGAAUGGAAGAAGAAAAAGAAGAAUAUUUCCGCCUUGCUUUUUAACACAAACUCUAUUAAACUCUUUUCACUUUUUUCUCUUUUUGUACAGCUUGCACUUCUAUUAGAUGCUCUUUCAUACAAGUGUGUCACUUCUACUUUUCACUGAAGUGCGUUUUUAAAGUUAGUAUGUCAAGGUACUAUAAACUUUACAACAUUUCUCUAUUAACCGUGUAACUUACUGACUCAUACAACUACUGUACUGACUGACACAAAGUGGCUUGAACGCUGAUGUCAAGUGUCAGCUGGAUGUUUCUGAACUCGCCAAUGUUGAAAAUACAAACCGAAGCCAUGUUUUUAAAGUGUUUGUGUUCAUGUUUGUGUAGGAACGGUAUAAUAUGUACAUACUUUAAUGUUCAACCUCAGCACUUCACAUGCCAAAAUCUAAGCAAUGUACUUUUUUAUGAGGAGUAUGGAUAUUGGGACAUUUAACUUGUUACACUUGUGUGACCUUUGCAGCAACUCAUUUGGUGCAUUUAUUUAUCGGAUAUGCUCACUUUACCAGCUCAUAUACAACACAGCCUUAACAGCAAAUGUCUGUUAAUCUUAUGUUUUAAUGAUGUUUUAACCUUUACUGGUUUUUACAGUUUCUGCGUGUUUUUCUUCAGCCAUACCAGCGUACUGUAACUUAACUCACAUGCCCAAACACUACUCCAGCCUGCUUACUGUUUGAUCUUGAACAGUCUCAGGGUCAGAUUGGGUGUUUCCCCCAGUGAGCAUUUGCAAGGUGCCAAUUCACUGUUCUGAGAGAUGCCCUCACUGCUGUACCUCUAAGGCUUUUAUAUUUCCUUCUUCUUACAUUUGCUACAGUCACUGUGUGCACAUCAUUAUCUGCCACGUUCAUACUUGGGUCAAUUUGUGAUUGCAAAUACCUCUAUGUCUAAUAUUUUCAUACGAUAACGAUACGAUUAACUUUUUUCACGGCAGACGAGGGCUCAGUGUCCCAAUCGGCUAUGAUCGAUAACUGUACUUGUUAACUUUUCUCUACAAUAAUACGUCUGCUGUAAAACAUUCAAAUAACAACACAAUAUACCAUCAUUCUUUAUAUAAUAAAUAAUAUAAUAUAUAUUGAAUUCAUGGUCAAAAUUGUACUUUUACAUCUAUGUUAUCACCCGUAUGAAGCUGAUAUAAAUGAUAUAUUAAACAAAGCACCACUGUAGUGCACACUGUGGUCAUUAUCUCACAGGACUCAUGUACCAGCAGUUAUUAACCAUGAAUCUUCUCUGUGUGUGCUACCUAAAACAUCAAUAUGUUGUUAUUUCUAAGUGUAAACAAACUGAAGUUAAGACAAGAGGCCUCGUGUGGCGUUCAAUACCUCUCAUAACCGGCACUGAUGCAGGGUCAUUAAAACAGAGGCCUACUGGUUUCACAAUAACAUGUGUAUACUAUUAUGUGUUAAUACCGUUUUUUAUGCUGUAGUGAUUAUCCUACCAUAUUCACUAUAUUUAUCAUCUUGUUAAGAAAAUAUUGUCUCCUAAAAUCUGAGAAUUUACUGUAAUGGCCAAAAGGGAUUUGUUAUAUACAGUACCUUGUAAUCGACACAAAUGGCGGACAUUUUUUUUUUAACCAGAAAUCCCAAUAUAUCUGUAAACUAUAAAUAUUUGUUACGCAUUAUAUAGUGGGCGUAUGUUCUCCCUUAUGUUACCCAGUCUUAAUGCAUGUUCAAAAGUAACCACUGUGCUCAAACGCUUCAUUCUGUGGUGCAGUUCCACCUCAGUUUUAACUGUGUUGUCCAAUAAUAUAAUAAUAUUAUAAUGUCAAUCUUCACACAUAUUUUAGGUACGGUAGUCAGUUGCCUCAUGGUUUGAAAGAUGUUCAUCCCAGUGCCAAAUUACACAGAAGUAAUCAUAAAGUAUUGUUUUUGUUUUUGGCCUAUGUUCGUUUGAGUCAAUGAGAAAUGUAGAUGUAUAUAUUUGUUUCUGUAUUUUGUUAAUUCUUUUAACUAUGUCCAUUUAGUGAUGGAUCUGGAGCUUUUCACUUUUUCACAUGGUCUUCGUGAUCCAGUCGUUGUGGAGUUGUAGGAGUUGUAACAUUUCCAUUUUCUCUGGAUACUUUCGGCACAUUGUGUCAAUGUUCGCUUGUCCAAACAAGGUUGAUGUGUUUUCUUCAGUUGUCUUUGAGAUGAAGAUGUUUGUCUUUCCAUUAUGGCUAAGCACAGAUAGCUUCUUAUAGCAGCAGAAAGCUUUUGUAUUACCAGCUACAUUUUAGAUUGAUGUCUUAAGGUUAAGUAUAUAUUGUUGUUCAUAUUGUUAAAAAUGAUCAUAGAAUUUCAAAUGAAGCCAAUGAUGUCCACAUUUGAUACUGGUAUUGGUGAGUUUAUGGACAUGCUUGCCAUGUGACUUUUUGACUGUACAAUCCAGUUCUGACACCUCACCUCUGAGCACUGUGAACUUAUAAAAUAAAUAUUUUUCAUUCAACA